UCACACAACCCCAGGAGUGGCAUACUGCCGCGUCCGUCUCACUCAAAGUUCGCCAUCCGUCCGUCUGUCUAGCUUCCCUCGUGAUCCAAGUCUUCAACCCCUGUUCGCUGUCACCGAUCGCGGCUGCUUCCUCGAGCUCGGCGUCCGUCGUCUUUGUCUGCUCAGCCGCGCUUCCGUCGCCGUUUGUUUGCCGUUCACGUUCGCGUCUUCGUUCAGCUGUCGUCUUCGUUCGCGUUCUUUGCCGUUCACGUUCGCUCGGCGUUCACUGUUCGCGUUCACUGGCCGUUCACCGUUCGAGUUCGCAUUCGUCUUCGUCUGGAAGCCACGUUGCUCUGCUUCAAACACUGCUCUUUUUUGUCGCCGUCGAACUGCUCUCUUUUGUUGCCGCCGAAAGCGGGGAGUGAAGGAGGAGAGGAGGAGCAGGAGCAGGAGGAAAAGGUGAUUAAGAUUAAGAGACGUGUGUGCGCGCGAAGGGUUGAAUAUUAGGUGUAGCCAUGUCUACUAGCUGGCGUUCCAGCACUGCCGUUUCAUCACCGCCAAUCCCAAUUCCAAUUCCAAUUCCAAUUCCAAUCCCCAACGAGGAGCCUUCAUCAUUCUCCACCUCCGUCUUCAACUUCUCCUCCGGAAACCCUAGGAUCGAGGAGACCCGCGGCCUCAUGCAUCUCUUCCCCGACCAAGAUUCCCCUUCUACCCUCCCUUUUGGACGCAAACCCCUCGUCUGCGUCGUCGGCGUCCCCAAUCACAUGACCUACGCCGACUUCUGCCAGUUCUGUGGUUCCUUCCUUCACCACAUCCUUGAGAUGCGCAUUGUCAGAAUGGAUGGAACGGAAGAUCAGUACAGCGUUUUGAUCCGCUUCGACGAUCAAGACUCCACCGACAGCUUCUUCAAGCAUUACAAUGGCCGCCGUUUCUCCUCUCUGGAGGUUGAGAUUUGCCGUGUUCUUUUCACGUUGGAUGUGCAGUACACUGGUUCCAUUGAACAUGCCCAACCAUCCAAUGCUACCUCCACUGAACAGCCCACAUGUCCAGUUUGCCUUGAGCGGUUAGAUCAAGACACCAGUGGAAUUCUCACUACUAUAUGUAAUCAUUCUUUUCAUUGUUCGUGCAUAUCAAAAUGGGCUGAUUCUUCUUGUCCUGUGUGCCGCUAUUGCCAACAGCAAGCUGAAAAAUCGAUAUGUUCUGUUUGUCGGACCACUGAGAACCUUUGGAUAUGUGUUAUAUGCGGAUUUGUUGGUUGUGGAAGAUAUAAAGCAGGACAUGCCAUCAUGCACUGGAAAGAGACACAGCAUUGCUAUGCCCUAGACGUGGAAACUAAGCGUGUGUGGGAUUUUGCGGGAGACAACUAUGUUCAUAGACUUAUUCAGUCCAAAACCGAUGGGAAGUUGGUUGAGCUGAACACUCACUGUGUUCAUGCAGAGAAUGGGUGUGGAAGUUGCAGCUGUGAAGAUAAUUCUAUAAGCGAGGCGUUACUUAAUAGUAAAGUUGAAGCAAUUGUCAAUGAGUACAAUGAAUUGCUUGCUACUCAACUUGAAAACCAAAAAUCUUAUUUUGAGUCGUUGUUACAAGAGGUAAAAGAAGAAACUGAGACAAAAAUCUCUAAAGCUGUUCAGAAGGCUGUCAGUCUUAAACAACAGAAGAUUCAGGCCAAGAUUGACAGAUGUAACAAAGAGAAGAAAUUUCUGGAGGAGCUUAAUGAGAAUCUUGUUAAAAAUGAGGAUGCUUGGAAAGCAAAGUUGCUUGAGAUUGAGGAGAGGGAAAGAAAAUUCUUAAAACUGUCGGAGGAGAGAGUAGCAAGCCUGGAAGAGCAGCUUAGAUAUCUCAUGACUUGUCUAGAUGAUGCGAAGCCGGAACAACAACAGUUGCCUGAGCAUAACGAAAUCAAAGAUGGGCCUGUGUCUGCCUCAUCAAAGGAAUCCUCGUGAACUAAUAACUCUCGGGUUGGCAAAAAUCCAUAAAUACAAGAAUCAUCCGGCUAAAGUCCUCACACUGAUUUGAAUCAUUCGUGUUAUGUUCAUAAAAAUUGUGCAUAUGGAUCCAUUAGUAUAGAUGUUUCAACCUGAAAUUUUUGUUGUUUCGAACUGUGGUGUAUAUCUUGAAUCUAUUCAGUUCUGUAAAUAGAGAGUACUAAUAUUGGAAUGAUGCCAUAAAAACGCAAACAAACAACAAAUCAUGUCAACGAAGGUAUGGCAAAGUCAAUAAAAUUGCAGAUAAAUUUUAUGA